CCUGGAACUCUCUCCACUCAGCCUCCAUGCCCGUCCUCUUACUAUCCCCUCUCGCCCUUCCCAAUGAAGCGGCCAGGGAAUAAAGCUGCACCAUGAACGACCACUACCACCGGGCAGCCAGGGAUGGCUACCUCGACCUGCUGAAGGAAGCCACCAAGAAGGACCUCAACUCGCUCGAUGAGGAUGGCAUGACCCCAACCCUAUGGGCCGCCUACCAUGGCAACUUGGAUGCGUUAAGGCUGAUAGUUAGCAGAGGGGGUGACCCAGACAAAUGUGAUAUCUGGGGGAACACGCCUCUUCAUCUGUCAGCAGCCAAUGGUCAUCUCAAUUGCCUCUCCUUCCUGGUGUCUUUUGGGGCCAACAUCUGGUGUUUGGACAAUGACUACCACACUCCGCUGGACAUGGCAGCCAUGAAAGGCCACAUGGAGUGUGUGCGUUAUUUGGACUCCAUUGCUGCCAAGCAGAGUGGCCUCAACCCCAAGCUGGUGAGCAAGCUGAAGGACAAGGCCUUCAAGGACGCAGAGAAGCGGAUUAAGGACUGUGUAAAGUUGCAGAAGAAGCACCAUGAGAGGAUGGAGAAGCGCUACAAGAAGGAAAUGUCUGACCACUCGGACACGAUGAGUUUUUCUAGUUACUCCAGCAGCACUCUGAGCAGGAGGUUCCAGCACAUGUCUAUGAUGACUUCCUUGCCAUAUUCUCAGGCCACCAUACACGGCACAGCCAAGGGCAAGACCAAAAUCCAGAAGAAGCUGGAGAAAAAGAAGCAAGUGGAUGGAACCUUCAAAAUCUAUGAGGAUGGGAGGAAAAGUGUGAGGUCCUUGUCUGGUUUGCAGCUGGGCAACGACGUCAUGUUUGUGAAACAAGGCACCUAUGUUAGCCCAAAGGACUGGACCCGGCGCAACGUUAGGGACAUGUUUAUGACAGACGAAGAUACUGUCUCCCGUGCCAUAAGUGACCCAGGUUUGCACAUGGACUCGGCCCAUUCUGAGGUCAGCACCGAUUCUGGUCACGACUCUUUAUUCAAUCGACCUGGACUUGGCACGAUGGUUUUCCGGAGGAACUAUGUCAGUAGCGGACUGUUUGGGAUUGGCCAGGAUGACCCCAGCAUGCUGGGAGAGGACAGGAUGGGUGUUAAACUUCACAACCGCCUGCAGCGCUCGCCAAGUCUCAAUGACAGCAUCGGCAGUGCCAACAGCCUGCAGGAGAGGAAUGUGGAGGAGCUGCCGUGGGAUGAGGUGGAGCUGGGCCUGGAUGAUGAUAUCGAGCCUGAGACGAGCCCCCUGGAGACCUUUCUGGCUUCCUUGCAUAUGUCUGAGUUCAUUUCAAUCCUCAAGAAGGAGAAGAUUGACCUAGAAGCUCUUACGCUGUGUUCGGACAAUGAUCUGAAAAGCAUCAACAUUCCACUGGGGCCCCGGAAAAAGAUGCUGGAUGCUGUCAAGAGGAGGAGACAGACUAUGGAGAACCCUGAUGUCAUAGAAGACACUGAGCUGUAAAGCAAUUGAGCCCCUUCCUUUCACACUCAUGGAAUACACACUGGUCUUCAGCAUGAUGCGCAUAGCAUAGAAUGAUAGCUGUUUUUAAGGAACAAGAAAUGAACAGAAAAACAAAACCCCAGUUCUAAGUUGCCAGAAAACAUCUCCCAGUGAUCCUAACAGUGGGAAAUAAUGAACGCCAUAAUAAAAGGCCCAAUUCUAACCACCGCUCAGCUUCCUUUCUCUGCUUUCCUGCCUGCAGACUUUUGCCAGAGAACAGCCUCUUGCUUAAGAGCAUUUUGGGGACAUGGGUUGCACGACACUAAUCUAACCAUGCAGUCUUAUACAUGUCUACUCAGAAGUAAGCCCCAUCAAGUCCAACAGGACUUACAGGGCCUGUGGCGCUCCAGCUGUUAUCGAACACUUUCCCCUGCCACAGGUUUUCCAGGCCUAUCCUAUAUGAACAGCGACAGAUGAAGGAGCUUCAUUUGAACCAUACCUUCACAACUCUGUGAUUACCACCACCAAGAUUUGCAAUGUCAGUGGAAUCCCACCAGUAUUGUAACUUUGGCUAUCACAUUGUGAAGCCACCAUGCUUCAAAGCAAAUCUUAGGGGUGAGUUGAGCUCACCUGCAUUUCCUGUUCUGAGAACACUAGGGAAAUUGCUCUACCUUUGCACGGUUCUGACUGCAUGACUUGGAGUGGGAGGCAAAUGUAUGGAAAUAGACAUGGGUGGAAUUAGUUUAUUUUUUAUGCCUGCCUUGUCUGUUUCUCCUGCUGCUUUCACUUACUGUGACUGGAACGAACACACACACAAACACACACACUGUCUCAAGCCUCUUUUCCCCACAAGGUUUAUAUUUUUGCUAAUGGAUGGGCUGGUCUAUGUUAUAGAACUUCUCCUGGUGAUGCUUCUUCUUCAGUUUUGCAAAGGCUUUGUUGCAAUGUUUUAACUAAAGGUAAAACAAGCUAAGCCAUACCAAUGGGACUAGUGAAGAAAACUCCACUGACAAAAUAUAGGGGCAGACCUUUCAGCACUGGACAGCCUAUUGCCAUGUGUAAACAUAGGGUCCCUCCACUCACAGAAUUGUAGAGGGUCAUCUAGUCCAACCCCCUAGGAAUGCAGGAAUCCUGCCCACAGCCGCCGCCCCUGUGCCACUGUCAUUUGAGAGCAGUUAAAAGCAUCUGAUCACAUUAGCAUGUGGUUUGAAUCCAAAGGACCAAUACUGGGCAAAUUUAAACUGUGGUAAACUGAAUUUUAGCCAAGCUCUUUGUUUAUAUUAGCCAUUAAACAAACAACCUAAACUUGGUUGCAAUUCUCAAGCCUACUUUUAUUCAGUAGGAUUUCUCUGGAGCAAGUGUUGUGUGGUUUGAGAUCAUGGAGAGAAACUGUUUCCCUUUCUCCACUUUACAUGACUCUCUUGUGCCCGAUCAUAUCUACGGUGUAUAUCUUUCAAGCUGCAAUCUUAAGUGUACUUGGAGGUAAGCCUGACUGAACAUCAGUGGGCGGAAUCCAAUGUUGUGCAAACUUCCUCUUGCACAAUGGGCCUUCAUUGCUUCCUUCUCUCUCUCUCAAGUGAACACCCAAAUUUUGCUCUGGAUGGGGAGUCCGCACCACCCAGAACACAAAUUCUGAGGUGUGAAGAGGGCUGGGAGAGGGAGAAGAAGGUGAAGCCCUAUUGCAUGAGCAGAAGUCAAUUUUACAAUCCAACAGGGACUCGUUUCUGAGUAAAUAUGCAUAGAAUUGGGCUGCAGUUUGGUAAAUGUUUUUGCAUUUACAGUACUUCUCCUAUCUUCUUUGAAUGUUUGAUAUGUUUUAUAUUCCAUGUAUGUAUGUAUGUAUGUAUGUAUAUCCAACCUGUAAAAGGACACUGUUGUUUACUGCUUAUUUAUUAUACCAUGUGCAUACUAUUCCCUGCCACUGCCUGAUUACAAUAUUUUUAAUAAAGAACCUGGCGUAGUUUGUCUUUCACGAUUAUAAUUGAGAAGAGGAGGCUGCUUCUAGGUAUGUUUCUGCAGGUUUAUUUUAAAUGCAAAUUGCAUCAUUUGGGACUAGAACAAGGGCACUAUUUUAGUACAGCCAGAUCCCAGGAAUUCCAGGUUUUGGCCAAAAUGAAGCCCACUGACUCCAUUCCUGCUCUGUUUCCAAGCCAGAGAGACCAUGCAUCACUCACUCCAGGCGCUUUGAGCCUGGCAU